UGAGAGUAUGACGCAUGCGUACUGAGGAGUACAAAGAUGGCGGCGCCCAGGGACGGCGCUGAGGAGACGGGUACCGGGGAGUCUGAGGGGCUCAGGAGACGCAAGAAGGAGCUCGUCAGGGAAGCGAGUGAACCGACAGCCCCGGAGAGUCGGGGAGAGGCCGAGUGCGGGGUAUCACUGCUACCCGGGAGUUUCUGGCUCACACGGAUUGUGCUGCUCAGGGCUAUCGCUGCCAUAUACUUUGUGGCCUUCCUGGUGGCUUUCCAACAAAACAAGCAGCUGAUUGGAGACUCGGGGCUGCUGCCAUGCAAGCUGUAUCUGAAGAACAUAAAGCAGUACUUUGGAGGCAAGAUAGGCCUGGAGGCAGUCAGCCAUGCCCCCUCACUUCUCUGGCUCUUGGACUGGGCUCACAUGGAUACCCACUUGGAUAACAUUGCUUUGGUUGGCCUUGCCAUUUCUUUCUUCAUCCUUGUGUCUGGCUGUGCAAAUAUGAUUCUCAUGGUUACGCUAUGGAUCCUCUACCACUCUCUGGUGGGCGUUGGACAGAUCUGGUAUUCCUUUGGGUGGGAAUCUCAGAUCCUCGAGACUGGGUUCCUUGGCAUCUUCUUGUGCCCCUUUUGGACUCUUUCCCGAACCCCGCAGAGAACGCCGCCUUCUGGCAUUGUCAUCUGGGCGUUUCGCUGGCUGAUUUUCCGCAUCAUGCUCGGGGCGGGUCUGAUAAAAAUCCGGGGAGACCGUUGCUGGAGGGACCUCACUUGUAUGGACUAUCACUAUGAGACCCAGCCUGUGCCCAACCCAUUGGCUUACUACAUGCACCGGAACCCUUGGUGGUUCCACCAGUUUGAGACGCUCUUCAACCAUUUCAUAGAGCUGGUCGUGCCUUUCUUCAUCUUCCUCGGGAGACGGAUGUGUCUUGUUCAUGGGAUCCUUCAAGUCCUCUUCCAGGUUCUUCUGAUACUUAGCGGAAACCUGAGCUUCUUAAACUGGUUGACCAUAUUGCCAAGCAUCGCUUGCUUUGAUGAUGCCAGCUUGGGCUUCCUGUUCAGCUCCAACAAGGGGUCCGUAAAACACCAGGUUUCCGAGAUUCAGGCUGAGAAAUCUGCUGGUGGUGGACCUUCAAAGACUUACGGCUGUUAUGUGCGCCAGUUAGUUCAUCUCUCCCUGGGUGUCCUCAUCAUCUUCCUCAGCGUCCCUGUUGUGUUGAACCUGCUGAGCUCCAAGCAAGUUAUGAAUACCUCCUUCAACCCACUCAAGAUUGUGAACACAUACGGAGCGUUUGGCAGCAUAACCAAAGAGAGGACGGAGGUCGUGCUUCAGGGAACGUCCAGCUCGGACCCCAGUGAUCCGGGGGCUGUGUGGGAAGAUUACGAGUUUAAGUGCAAGCCGGGGAACCUAACUAGGCCCCCGUGUGUUAUCAGUCCGUACCACUACCGCCUGGACUGGCUUAUGUGGUUUGCAGCUUUCCAGACCUAUGAGCAGAACGAGUGGAUCAUACACCUGGCGGGAAAGCUGUUAGCCAAUGACAGAUCAGCAUCCUCGCUUAUAGCCGUCAAUCCUUUCUACGAGAGGGAACCACCCAGGUGGAUAAGGGGAGAGCACUUCCGCUACAAGUUCAGCCGUCCUUGGGGAACGCACGCGUCCAAAGGCAAAUGGUGGAUCCGGAAACGGAUUGGGCCGUACUUUCCCCCGCUCAAUCUCCCUGGGCUCAAAAAAUUCUUCCAGUCAAGGUCAUGGCCAUUGCCUGUCUCCAAAAGGGACCAACAUUAAUAAUGUUUUUCCCACUAGCCCCCGUUCCUUUAGCCAUAGCCACUGUUACAGCACAAUUUAAUGGAUUGUAAUAUGGGACUUUUGUGUGUUGGAUAUCCACUAGUCUUCAUGGGUUUGGGCAAUAAUUUCAUAGGCCUUGUGGCCAUUAUAAUCAGUGGGAAACAACAUGUGACACUGUGUGCAACAAAACACCUCUUGUGCUUUUUUCAUGUUUCAAUAUGGGAAUUAAAGGAGAAGUAAAGCCUCUAGACAUGUUUUGUGCUUUGCAAAUAUACCAAAAUAUGUUUACACUUCUUGGCCUUUAGUAUGGUCGGGAUCAUGGCUAAAAGUUCUUCCUCCAUUGGAGGCCAUUUAUAGUGAUAAAGGCUCACCUGUGCAACCAUUCCAUUCCAUGCAACUCCAUCGGUGCCCCAUAAUGAGAGACGCGGGGGGAUGUGCCUUUGCCAGAGGAAGAACUUUUAGCCAUGGGAACUUUGCAGGCUGACACAGCUAAGUGAAGGAAGAACUUUUUGACCACUAACUAUACCAAGGGCACAGGCAGUUCAAGAUGUUCAGGGACGCCUAACCUAAACUUGUUUAAAAGCUUUACUUCUCCUUUAACUAAAUGAGAAACAAGUGCCAGCUAAGGCUCUUAGGGGGGUAGAUGGCCAUGUGACUUUCUCUAGUGGCACUGGCCUGAACCCAGGAAACAUCACAACAUCACGUGAUCAACCAAAGGUACUUGGCAGCCACUGGCCGCUUUUUGAUUGGCCACACUUAACAGAACUGGCAGUCAAUUAUGUGGUGUAUAGGACCAAUGCAAUAACCUUCCUGACUCAUAUAUAGCCAGGGCUCACUCAAAUAUUGGUCGCACAGGAUGGAAAUUCCUUUUGGCCAAGGACCAACAGCCAACAGCAAUAUCUACUGCAUCUUGAAUUUCUUAUGUGCGGGAGCUGCCAUCUUGCAUGUCUCAGCCAAUGAGUCGUUCAUAGACAAUAGGAGCAACUACACCUUCACUUCAUAACCACUAGGGGCGAUGUUGCUGCCUUUUUAAUGUUGUCAUUGUCAAGCUUAUUAUUUUAUUGUACCAUUCUCUGCUUCAGGGAUAGCCAGCCAAUGGCCUUGCAGCUGUUAUAUCAGCUCCCAGCAUCCUCAGCCAGCCGUCAAUUCUUUCUUUAUCCUGCACAGUAUAGUCAUUGUAGUGACUUUCCAAACAUCUACCCUCUGUAGCACAGAAGAUACUUGCUAAAUGGAUCAAACAUGGCAGCGUGGUGCUUUAGAGGAAAGUACACUGGUCCAGUUUGAUUCUCGCCAGCCCUUUAGUUCUCCUCUGAAUAUGUAAAAAGGGAAAAUUGUUCUUAUUGCUCUCUAUGUUUCUGUCAAUGUGUAAAAUAAUCAUGUAUAGAAAAAAGAAUUUGUAUGAAAAGCACAGACGUUUACAUUCAUAACCUGAGCCAAAAAUGUAAGUUUUGUUCUUUGA